AUGACGAAGAUCAAACACUUCUCAAAUUACAAUGCCGACAAAAUUACAUAUUAUGAAAAUAUAGAACAGAGUUCAGUGAUAUGUUUGUGUUGUCGGAAUGUUAAUGAAUUUUCGGGUGGCGUGGCCGGGAUAAGGAAUGUGUAUGAGGGCAACAGUUACAGAGGCGAGCUACUGGUUGCCACUGAACCUGCACAAGUUGCCACUGAACCUGCACAAGUUGCCACUGAACCUGCACAAGUUGCCACUGAACCUGCUCUAGUUGCCACUGAACCUGCACAAGUUGCCACUGAACCUGCACAAGUUGCCACUGAACCUGCACAAGUUGCCACUGAACCUGCACUAGUUGCCACUGAACCUGCACAAGUUGCCACUGAACCUGCUCUAGUUGCCACUGAACCUGCACAAGUUGCCACUGAACCUGCACAAGUUGCCACUGAACCUGCACAAGUUGCCACUGAACCUGCACAAGUUGCCACUGAACCUGCACAAGUUGCCACUGAACCUGCACAAGUUGCCACUGAACCUGCUCUAGUUGCCACUGAACCUGCACUAGUUGCCACUGAACCUGCACUAGUUGCCACUGAACCUGCACAAGUUGCCACUGAACCUGCACAAGUUGCCACUGAACCUGCACAAGUUGCCACUGAACCUGCACAAUUUGCCACUGAACCUGCACUAGUUGCCACUGAACCUGCACAAGUUGCCACUGAACCUGCACAAGUUGCCACUGAACCUGCACAAGUUGCCACUGAACCUGCACAAGUUGCCACUGAACCUGUUCAAGUUGCCACUGAACCUGUUCAAGUUGCCAUUGAACCUGUUCAAGUUGCCACUGAACCUGUUCAAGUUGCCACUGAACCUGUUCAAGUUGCCACUGAACCUGUUCAAGUUGCCACUGAACCUGUUCAAGUUGCCACUGAACCUGCAGAAGUUGCCACUGAACCUUUAUUAGUUGCCACUGAACAAGCUCUAGUUGCCAUAGGACAAGCCCUAGUUGCCACUGAACCAGACCUAUAG